AUGUCAGAUCCACUGGAUCUCCCGAGUGGGGUGCCAGCUGUUAUUAAAUCCACAGGUAUAAAUCAGGACAGUGGGAUCAAAACAGCCAAAGUUGGGGACAGUGUGACUUUGCAAUGCUCCUGUAAAGGCAGUGCUGUAACUUUCCUCUACUGGUAUCAGCAAACCCUUGGACACAAACCUCAAGUCAUAUCAAUUCUGAUGAAGGGUAACACGGAAGCUGAAAUUCACCAUGAACCUCUGCGUUUCUCUGUACAAAGUGGACAAGGAACAAACAAUCUCACAAUCAAAAACCUUAGUCUGUCAGAUUCAGCAACAUAUUACUGUGCGACAUCAGAAUUCAAUGCAGCUGAAUUUGGACAAGGAGCUUUUCUUCAUGUCAAAACGUCACUGUCCAAGGACCAAGCUGUUGUCCAGCACCCGCCAUUUGAGAGAGUCCAGCCGGGAAAUUCUGUGAAUUUGAGCUGUACGAUAUACGCUGAGCCAUGUGGAGGAGAACACAGCAUCUACUGGUACAGACAAGGUGGAUCCCAACCAGGAAUCGUUUAUACACAAGUGGACCAGUGUAAAGAGCUCUCCCAGGCAGACUCUCCAAGACAAAGUUGCAGUUUUAAUCUCCUGAUGAAGAACCUGAGCUCCUCUGAUGUCGGGACCUAUUACUGUGCUCUGGCCUCAUGUGGACAGAUUGUGUUUGGAAACGGAACGCAACUGGACAUUGUGGAUGAAACUACAGUCCCCGUCCUCCUGGCGCAAUGCCUAGGUGGGGCCCUGGCAGUUUCCCUCAUCUUGAUGUUUGUCUUGGGGUACAUCGUGUACAGGCUGAACAGGAAAUCAUGUUCUGUGUGCAAUGAGCGUUUUGCUCGUCCAAGACACUCUGCAACCUCUGACGCUGCGGGCCAAGACAGAGACCAGCUCCAUUAUGCAGCUCUGAGUCUGAAUGGGAGGAACAGACCAAGAAGGCAAAGGGAUAGUAUGGACACUGUCUGUGUGUACUCUGGAAUUAGACAGUAGAAAUAUGUAGACUAAAACAUUUAUUCUCCAGUUCACAUAAUUCAGCUAGUCCUCUUUGCUCAUUAAUGAUAGUGACGAUGA